AGAGCCGGCGGGGCUAUGGCUGCGGAGGAGGUGCUGCAGGGCGCGGACCACUACAAGAGCGAGAUCGAGCGGCUGACCCGGGAGCUCUCCGAGACGACCCACGAGAAGAUCCAGGCGGCGGAAUAUGGGCUGGUGGUGCUGGAGGAGAAGCUCACCCUCAAGCAGCAGUACGACGAGCUGGAGGCGGAGUAUGACGGCCUCAAGCAGGAGCUGGAGCAGCUGAAGGAGGCAUUUGGACAGUCUUUCUCGAUUCACCGCAAAGUGGCUGAAGAUGGAGAAACACGAGAAGAGACUCUCCUCCAGGAAUCUGCAUCAAAAGAAGCUUAUUACCUGGGGAAGAUUUUGGAGAUGCAGAAUGAGCUGAAGCAGAGCAAGGCGGUGGUCACCAAUGUUCAGGCAGAGAAUGAGAGACUCACUGCUAUCGUCCAAGACUUGAAAGAGAAUAACGAGAUGGUGGAACUGCAGAGGAUACGAAUGAAGGACGAAAUCCGAGAGUACAAGUUUCGAGAGGCGAGGCUCCUGCAGGACUACACCGAACUUGAAGAAGAAAAUAUCACUCUGCAGAAGCUGGUAUCCACGCUGAAACAGAACCAAGUUGAAUAUGAAGGCUUAAAGCAUGAGAUUAAACGAUUUGAGGAGGAGACAGUGUUGCUUAAUAGUCAGCUAGAAGAUGCCAUCCGGCUGAAGGAGAUUGCUGAGCAUCAGCUGGAGGAAGCUCUGGAAACUUUAAAAAAUGAAAGGGAGCAAAAGAACAAUCUGAGAAAGGAACUCUCCCAGUACAUCAACCUCAAUGAUAGUAUGUAUAAUAACCAUAUUAAUAUAUCAGUAGAUGGAUUAAAGUUUGCAGAAGAUACAAGUGAGCCCAACAACGAUGACAAAAUGAAUGGACAUAUCCAUGGGUCUCUUGUGAAACUUAACGGUGACUACCGAACUCCCACGAGUAGGAAAGGAGAAUCUCUGCACCCCGUCUCUGACCUCUUCAGUGAGCUCAACAUAUCAGAAAUACAGAAACUGAAGCAGCAACUCAUGCAGGUGGAAAGAGAAAAGGCCAUUCUCCUGGCCAACCUGCAGGAAUCUCAGACGCAGCUGGAGCACACCAAAGGAGCCCUGACUGAACAACAUGAGCGAGUCCACAGGCUCACAGAGCACGUCAACGCCAUGAGGGGCUUGCAGAGCAACAAGGAGAUGAAAACGGAGCAUGACUGUGAGAAGGGGCGAGACCCCAGUGAGGAAGCACAUGACUACGAAGUGGACAUCAAUGGUUUGGAGAUCCUAGAAUGUAAAUACAAAGUAGCUGUUACGGAAGUGAUAGACCUUAAAGCAGAAAUCAAAGCCUUAAAGGAGAAAUAUAAUAACUAUGUGGAAAACUACACUGAAGAGAAGGCCAAGUAUGAGAGCAGAAUCCAGACUUACAAUGAACAGGUGACAAGCCUAGAGAAGUCAACCAAGGAAAGCCAGGAAAAGAUGGUCCACAUGGAAAAGGAGUUGCAAAGGAUGACAAGCAUAGCGAAUGAAAACCACAAUACCCUCAACACCGCCCAGGACGAGCUGGUGACGUUUAGCGAGGAGCUGGCUCAGCUGUACCAUCAUGUCUGCCUGUGCAACAACGAGACACCUAACAGGGUCAUGUUGGACUAUUACAGGCAGAGCAGAGUUACCCGCAGUGGCAGCCUGAAAGGCCCGGAUGACCCACGGGGUCUCCUUUCCCCGCGGCUUGCCAGAAGGGGAAUGGCAUCGCCUGUGGAAGCCAGGACUCCGACCGAGCAGGUGACAAAAGAGGCCGCAGAGCCUGGCAAGGAGCAGAGCCCAACAAAAACACCUACAAUUUCCCCUGUCAUCACUGCCCCUCCUUCCUCCCCAGUCUCCGACAGCAGCGACAUUCGCAAAGAGCCGAUGAACAUCUACAACCUCAACGCCAUAAUAAGGGACCAAAUCAAGCAUUUGCAGAAAGCUGUAGAUCGGUCACUGCAGCUGUCGCGCCAACGUGCUGCGGCCCGGGAGCUGGCGCCCAUGAUUGAUAAAGACAAGGAGGCCUUAAUGGAAGAGAUUCUGAAACUGAAAUCCCUCCUUAGUACAAAGCGGGAGCAGAUAGCAACCCUGAGAGCAGUGCUGAAAGCCAACAAGCAGACAGCUGAAGUGGCGUUAGCCAAUCUGAAGAAUAAAUACGAAAAUGAAAAAGCUAUGGUGACUGAAACCAUGACCAAACUACGAAAUGAACUGAAGGCUUUGAAGGAGGAUGCGGCAACCUUCUCAUCCUUGAGAGCAAUGUUUGCAACCAGGUGUGAUGAGUACGUCACACAGCUGGAUGAGAUGCAAAGGCAGCUGGCAGCUGCAGAGGAUGAGAAGAAGACCCUAAACUCUCUAUUGCGCAUGGCUAUCCAGCAAAAACUUGCCCUUACCCAACGAUUGGAGGAUUUAGAGUUCGACCAUGAGCAGUCCCGACGCAGCAAAGGCAAGCUUGGAAAGAGCAAGAUCGGCAGCCCUAAAGUAAGUGAGGAGGCAUCAGCCACCGUGCCAACCAUAGACACUUUCCUCCUGCAUAGUCAGGGCCCACAGCAACCAAACUUACUGGUCAGCAGUGGCACUCAGAGGAAAAGACUAUUCUCACCUUCCCUUUGUGAUCAGAGCCAUCCCAGGACUUCAGGGACCUACCUCCAGAAAUUAUUAAGAGCCCCCCCUCAUCCCGCCUCCACAGAAUCAUAUCUUCUGAGGGGUCCCCCUUCCAUGAGUGAAUUCAUCCAUGGGCACCGUCUCAGCAAGGAAAAAAGGUUAACCGUGGCCACACCAGAUUGUCAGCAGCCUGCUGCCUCCAUACCGCCACACGGCUCACAACUAGCCAGGGGGCCAGAUUGCCAGAAUGUCAGUCCUAGUGCUCUUCCAGAAGAGCAGCCACAUUCCAGCUCUCAGUGUGCCCCUCUCAACUGUCUCUCUAAGCCUCCUCCUUACCCCUAAUCUUCAUAUGCAACGUAAGAGAAAACGCAAACAGAGUGGAGUUCAUGCAACAAAGGUUCGGGUUGUUCCCAGCGAGCGGGUAGACAAUCCUGCCUUGUUGCCGCAUCGAUAAGUCUGGAUUCAUAUCCACUGCUCUGGCAACUGAGGGAAGGUUGAGAAGAAGAACACAAAGCACAGAGCCCAACCUAUCGAGAAGACUUUUUAUGGUUCCUCUGAUUGUAUUCAAACUUUACUAUCACAACUAAAGUGUAGUGAAAUUUAAUAUCUCAACAGAAAUGUUCCUCCCAGCUGCUUGGCUUUACCUCCGAAAUAAUGAGAGACUUAAGCCAGUAUUAAUAAAGUAUGUUGCUAAGCCCUACCCUCAUAACUUCUGAGUUCAGCCAUAGGAACCAGUUCACAUUUUCUUUUGUCAUUAAGGGUGUGAUAUUUCCUUCUUACUUUAUUUGCACCAUAAUUUUAUGUUUGUAAAAUGCGGUCUUUUUCGCAAGAGUUGUAUUUAAUUCAUUUUUUUUUUAAACAAGCAGAAAUAGCUGAAGUGAAGAAUGACUGUGUUAAUAUUAAAGAGAUGCUUGUUGUAUUGGCCAGCACACGGCCAAUUUUUAUUGCACAAAAAUGUUGGCAGUGGGUUGAAUUGAAAUGUUAACGAUGACUGUGUAUUUUGCUGCUGCACUGAUACUGUUUAUGCACUUGUUUUUUAAUUCCUAUUUCAUUAGCUUCUGGUUUUGUUUGGGCUUUUCACUGGAAGAUUAUUAUUUAGCUUAAGAAGGAGAUGAGAGGACGAUGUAUUGGUUUGUUUUCUGUUUUGCUGCAUUGUAAUUCUAUUUUUGCAUUUCAGACAAGUAGAUGAAUUGGUGCUGUUUUUUGGGGUUACUUUCUAUUUGGUAUCUGAGAAAAAAAAAAUCUAAAACAAGUAUAAUGUUGUGUGCUAAUUAAAAACAUUCUUUCUUCCUGCUCCCAUAUUCAGGAUACUAGCUUGAGGCCUUACCCUGAAAGACUACUAUGAAUGGUGAAGUUGCAAGUAUUCUUUGUGAAAUAUUCUAAGGUGAAAUAACUCCUGCAGGUAGGCUUAACGGUGUGGAUCAAAGCUAGCAGGACUUUAGUGCAUUUUUUCCUUGCCAAAAAUCAACAAAUACAGAACCUUAGCUCAUGUCAGUUUAUGACAAAUACUCAGGUGAUCUACACUACACAGACUCUAUUGCAACAGUGCACAGUGCUCCUAGUUAAAGAUUCUUUCCUGUAAAAGCUGAAUAAUCUGAUGGGUUGUUAAUGUUUCUCUUUAUUUAUUUAUUUUUUUAAUAGCAAGUUUCAGAACAAAAUCAAGGAUAGCAAAAUUUACUUUGCACAGUACCUGACAGUAAGGUAAGCUGCUAAGGUGUAAUGGUUCAGCAUCUCUGGGCUUCUCAUCUAGUCCUCAUAUAGGAGGAGUCUUCAGUGCUGCCUGCUUGUUGGUAAUUAGCAGUUCUUGCUCUGUCAGGUGGCCUUAAUUUAUUUACAGAACAAAGGCUUAGAUAUUUCCACGUCUUUAUUCCUUAUCUGCAGUAUAAGUAUGAUUUACAAGUGGGAAACGCAGCGCAGCCUAAGGCACAGAGCAGCUGGACAAAACUUGCUGCAGAUAUGGUUGGAAUUAUUUUUUCAUAUUCUGCCCGAGUCUGAGAAAAUGAGCUCGGGCUUCUGUUAGAAAGAGUGCUUACCAAAUGUUAUGAUACACAAAAUGUCAGCAGAGGAAAGAAUCAGCGACCAAUCAGUGUGCCUAAUAAUUAUUAUUUCCAUGGUACCAGAAAUGAAGGUGCUGUAAAUAGAAAUAUUCUCUGUAAUCAACGGUGUGUGUCACUUGUAGCCUUGGCAAAGCAGCUGAGCUAUUGUAACAAAACAUUCAGAGUCAAAGGUGAAGAAAAUAGGAACAAACUGACAUCAAAUUCUGAUCAGAUUGAACAGACAACUCUUGGCAAUGUUCUGCUUAGGUUUAUCAUGUAGUUCACGUGGUUCUUCUUGUAUACAUUUACAUAACUAUUUAGUGUCAUACUUAACCUACAUGUUGUCUUGUCAGAGAAAAGUCAAAUAAAACUCAUUCAGCUCAAUCAUAUUGUUUGAUAUGAAUAUUAGCUGCUAUUUUAAUUUUUACUAAAAUGCAAACAACAACAAAACCAUUUUUGUUGGAGGCAAAUGAUGCCUCACAUGAGCACCUCACAAUUCCUGACCUUGCAGACUGGUGUAGAGUGUAGUUAUCUUCUGAAACAGUGCUGAUGCCUUUGACCAAUAAGGACGGCUAUUGUUGAUGGUUAAGCAGAAAAAGAAUUUGCGUUGCACAUUGAAUAGAGUUAUUGCAGGCUGUACUUGGAAUAGAUUCUCCUAUUUUCAUAUCCAAAUCAAACAUAUUCCCUGAAUUUUAGUUAAAAAGGAAUUCAGUGAAAUGCAUUUCUAUUCUAUAUAGAUAUGAAUAUAUUGGAAAAAAAUGUUGUAGUGGAAUGUUUGUUUGGUAAUGUAUUUGUUUCCAAUUGUGAUUUGCAGAGCAACUUUGGGAAAUUGAAACAUACCGGUAUGUCCAUGUCGAUUAAGAGUUAUGAAACAGCAUUCAAUGGUAUAGAAAUUGUGGCCCUGUUUUAUAGAACUAAGUGGGUUUAUUAAAUUUUUUAUCCUCUUAAGCUUUAAAUUCUUCAUUUCUAAGUUUUCAAUUUACAUUUUUUAAUAUGGAAUAAAGCAAGUAAAUGUUGGAAAUUUAAGAGAUCUAGAAACAAACCAAUUUAAAUGUACAAAUGGCUGUAGUUAUUGCAUUGUAAGUUAUAAAACUGUGUAGGUCCCCAGGGACAACUUUUGUCAGUUAACCAGUUAACAAAAUAAAAUGCAUAUCUUGAACUUGAGAUGAUAAACUCUUCUUUUUUUUUUUUUUUACGUAGUGGUUGAUAGCAUGCAACUUUGUGAACCAUUUUGUAGGAAAUAUUUACAUACAGACAAAACAGAGUAAACAGAGUUUUGAGUUUAAAAAUAUACUUUCCUUGCCCAUUAAAAUUGACUGAUGGUGGGGUGUUACCUAUUCUGAUGUUUAAAGAGUAAGUAAAAAGGAUACGUAUGUUUUCCAGUGGUUGGUUGAGCGUGCUCAGAAAUGCUGAAACGUGUCCUGCAUGGGAAGGAAGGAAUUCAAAUUCCGCUCUGAUUUUCGUCUCUGAAAUGAAGUUCUUGUUCUCUGUGAUGGCUUUGAAGUUUGUUUGGAUUUGAAACAGCAGUUUUGUUUCUGCUUUAGUGAAACUUAAGUUUUCAUUGUUCAGAGAAAUGGUACAAUUCUGGAAAUCCGGUUUAUAGGGUAUGUGUAGAAAUGAAAAAAAAAAGGGGGGGAGGGGAUGGGAGAUAAAUAAAUAUAAAUUGUAAGAUGUAAUAGUAUGGAAAAUAUAUUUUCUAUCAGAAGGUUAAUGGAGGCUUUUACAUGUUUUACAGGAAGAGGAACUAUUAUAAUUUCUCAUGCUGAUUGUGUGGAGGUUUCUGGCUUCUAAGUGGAGGCAGUAGUGGUAUUCUUUCUGAUCGAUCUGAUUGACAGGUUGGCACCUCUGUGCUUGCUCCAUCCACAUUUUUCAUAGUAAAUGAGCGUAAGCAUAGCUAUACAAUAGGUUUCAUACAUUGAACUGUAAUUAACAUAACGCUGCAAGUUUUAAUGCCAAGUUGACCUUCGAUUUAUUUCUGAUUAGAAAAGAUUGUUAACAUGUUUAAGCCAUUUAUCAUAUUUAAGUGUUAACAAAAAGAUUGUUAUGAAAUAUAACCUUACUUAGGAAAUGCGACCUCGCCUGUGGAGGCUGCUCAUGCUAGGUGUGUUGCAAAUACUGAAGUACAGCUGUUUGUAAAGCACAGCCCAGUUCCCAUCGCAUCGCUAAAGACACCUGCAGGUCUGGGCCCUUAUUUUGAUACCAACCUUACUGUUCACCGUACAGUGCCAAUGACAAGAGUUGUGCUGCCAUAGCUGGAUUGACCACCAUGGUCAUCAUCAUCAGAUGUAGAUUACAUGAGCCCUUCUGAGGUCUGUUUCCCUGCUUUGAUGGAAAAUGUCCAUCCACCUAGGAUAUAGGAAAUCUGUGUUUGAAAAUGGCAGGCACUGAUGUUCUACCUUUGAAGUAUGAUACUUACUGUUGAUACCUCUUUAAAAAUUCCAAUCACUUUUCUUCAGUUUUCCUUUGCUGUGUGUGGAAUGAGUCUGAAAGGAAAAUCCAGCAUUCAGGCUUUUCUAACUAUUAAAGAUUUUUUUUUUUUAAGUAUAAUUAAGCAUUCUAUGGAAAAGAAAAAAGAAAAAAAGCAAUUGCCUUUCAUCUUCAGGCACAAAUGCAUCUAAAUAUGCAAUAUAAAAUAUGUGCUUGAGAUUCUUAGCAUCAUGUAGCUUUUCCAUAUCCAUAAUUAAGCCAGAAAAUUCUUAUUUCUUCUCUGAUCUACAUACUCCUCAUGUUAAAAAGGUAAGGGGGCUAUCACUAAGACUUUAUAUUUCAUUCUGAGGUAUAUGUCUUAAAUCCAUAUUGGAUCUGUAUGGGAACUGCUCAGUCACAGCCCGAACCAGUGAUUCAGCACCUGGUGAGGGGACACAGCCAGCCCUGGGAACACAGGUGGAAGAAGUUCACCUGUGUGACUGGAAGGGUUGAAGCCUGACUCUAUCCCUUCCUAACCUCAUUUAAGGGCUGGCUGCCACCAGGGAAGGAUCUCUGCUUGGAGAUUCCUUCUCUUGGAGUAGUUGGCAAGUCCUGAUUCUUGGGAUGGGUUAGCAAAUCUUUCUUUCUUUGGAUUGCAACCAUUGUUCUUUUUGGGGCAAUUUAGACCUGCUUAUCUGCUAUUACUUUUCCCUACAGGAUUUUAAUCUAUUUCCUGUGGAGUUCUUCGGAAGACCCUUUAUGAAAUCUAAUAAAAACCAAGUGACAAAUGAACAAAAAAUAAAGGAAAAAAUCUGAUGUUCUGUGACUGAUGUCAACAUGCAGGCAGACUCUGCAUGAUAGGGCCCUGUGUUUCAGAAAUGUCUUUCCAUGAAGCUCCAUAUCCGUUUUGGUUUAUCAUUACUUGCUGUUAAAGAAAUAGUAGAGUAUGUUUUUUUCCUCAUCAUUUGUAAAUGAAAUUAUGUAGUGACUUGAUUUGAAGAACACUUUGGAAAUGAAUGAAAAUGAUGGAUAAAAAUUUUUAGUAGACUAAUUUGAUAGCUGAAUUGUUAUUCAAUCAGAUGUGAAUAAGAAAUAAGAGUUAUCUAGCUUGUUGGUAUUUGGUUUUUUUUUUUUUUUCCUGUUCACUGGUAUGGCUGUGUGUGCUAUGCCAGUGGAUAAACUAAGUCUGUCUUAUUAGUUAUUGCCCCAUUGGUUUUCAGCCCUAUGGUUUGACUGUUAAAGGGUUAAUUAACUUGAUCCUUUGUAAACAACUUAAAAAAACGAAAACUGAUGUUUUGUGACUUUUGUAAUCUAUUGAAUGUUAUCAUUUGCAUGAUGUUCUGUAUCUACUCCAUACAGAUUGCUGUGUUCCUUUCACAAGAGUUUUAAUAUUGGUGGAGUUUGUGACAAACACAAAUUUGUAUUCUGUAUGUUUACUGCUGUAAUAACUCAGCUACUACUACAUUGAAUUGACGUUAUGUUGUCCUGCCUUCUUGGGGUUAAACGAUGGAGUGCUUCUAGAUGGUGAAGAAUAUAAAAGUAUGUAUGUUCAUUUGCUGAAGACUGAAUAUUGGAAACUCUUCUUGUUGCUACUUUUUGCUAAAAGCAGAAAAAAAAAAACUAGUUAAAUAAUCCUUGUUUCUGAAAAUGCAUCAGUUGUUUUUGAAAAUUGAAGUAAUUCCCAUGUAAUUCCUUGUAGACAAUCCUAGAUUAAUGCCUUGUGAAGGAUUCAUAAAGUCUGUGCUUGUACAUGUGUAAUAUGAUCAUGCAGUCAAAUGGUUGGGAAAAACACUCUAGUGCUGAAGAAAAUAAUUAAAAGAAGCCAGUAUACUGAUUCCUACAUCUUUAUGUUCCAAUUAAAAUUACAGUGUAAUGCAUAACUCUUCCAGUGAAUAAACUGGCCAUUUUUGUUCAUUUAA